AAAUCCAAUAUGGCGGGCGAAAAGGCAAUUCGUGAUGUUUGUGGUAUCUAUUCUCGACUUUUUGACCACAGGGCCGUCAUGCAGAAUGAAUGUAAAUACGUGAUUCGUGAAUUUGAAGGUAAAAGAAAUGACAGAGAGCUGUUAAGACUGACAGAAGCGUCUCAAAAAGCAAAUGAAAUUCAGUCUAAAAUCCCCGAGUGCGUUCAACUAGCAGAACUGCUGAAUGAUGUGCAAGAUCAACUAAAAGAUGCAAGGCAGCGAUGUCAUAAUAUUUUGGAGAGGGAAGAACAGGAUCCUAGAAAGAAGAGACGAGAUGAGAUCAAAGAAAAGUCCAAAAAACAAUGGGAUGAGUUUUUGAAAGAAAUGGAUAAAGAAGAGGAAGGCAUUGAGAAAGAGUUUCUGGCAAAAUCUCUAAAACUGAAAGAAAAAUAUGGUUUGAUAGCGAACCCUGAAUCAAAUUGAGGGGAAGAAUUAUUUUCAUAGGAUGAACUAGGUCCAUAAACAAGAGUGUGAAUUGUUGCUACGAACUCAAUGGAAAGAAUGAAUGUGCAAGAUGAAUAAUAAUAAUAAUAAUAAUGAUAAAAAUAAAAUGUAGACUUAUAUAAUGAACAACUCUAUUUAUCAUAGGGGUGUUAUGUAUGCCGUGGGACCUGGUUUAGAUCUAGGAUAUGUACAGAAGUUGUUCUGGCAAAAGCCAAAGGCAAUCAUCGGUAAGGGUGUUCAGGAGUCUUUCUCUUAAAAUUUGUUAACCUGUUAUAACCUAACAUCGUUAUACAUGUUCUCCAUACUGUUCUCUAGACAUUUUGUAAGGUGCUGAUAAGGAGAAUAUUUCUGGCAGUCAAGGGCUUCUUUAGUAGGUGUUCAUUUCCUCUAUUGUCAUGACCUAAAUAUAUGUGAUUCAGUGGUGAUAUUUUAAGGAGAAAUUGGAUGCAAGGGACUUCUAGAGGUCCAUGGAUUAGUUAUUUUCAUUAGGAAAAGGCAACUUUUCCACACUCUGAGGAAAAGUCAGCAUGAUUUAAGAUAAAAUUUGUAAAUCAAUCCCCUUUUGGCAUGUACCUUCUUAUUCUCCCAAUAUGUCUUAAGAAGUGAUAAAAAGUGUGGUCAAUUGCCAAAUAUCCCAUCAGGAAGGCUACUUUAUAUAUUAUAACA